CCUGCUGUGAAGACAGAAGAAGAAAUGGACGCCUUGUUGGUGUCGCCUUGUCGGGUUAUCAUUCUUGUGGAAAACUAAAUCACGAAUCGGAGGCAUGGACGGCAAUGGAGUGCUAGAGGUCGCAGCCCGAUUUGAAAAGCUUGCUCACGGUACGUCGGGGAAUACCCGCGAAGAUGGCGUAAAUGAAAUGACGUCACUAAAAGAUCUUUGCGGAAAACUGGUCGAAGCUGGCCUGCAAGAUAUUGGAGUUGAUUCGGACUUUCCAAUUCCACGAUUGGACGAUUACAGCAGCAGCGACGAAUCGGACUGCGACGACUACCAGGCUUAUUACACCGGCCAUGCACUCAAUUCUAUUGCCAGUGCUAUACAACACGAUUUUAUACGAACAAUUCCGCCUGCGCCAAAAUCACCCUUGGCGAAAGGACCAGGAUCUGCUUUUGACCAACUGAGUGGAAAUUCGAGCAUUUUCGCUUCAGAAAACCGAUCAGCGGAAGAGUAUAGGCAAACUGGUUCUUUUAAUAUGCGAAGAAAAUCUACGAGCAGCGCUGUGAGUAAUGAAGAAAUGCAUCCGCAGCACUUUUGCUCUCCAACUAAAGGUGACACGCUUCCACUAAUUAAAAAGCACGGGCGGGAAGAAAAAAGCGUUUUGAAGCAGCAUGCGGCUCUUUCGAACACCGAUCUACCGAGAAACGCGCUUGUUAACUUCUUGGGUUCUGUUGAAAUGUCUUCGGACGAACUUCGACUUCUGAGCUUGGAAAGAAGUCUAUUAACCUUGCAGGGAUGUGAAGGCCGAUUCGGUUUGCUCCGAAUCCUCGGCGACGGUUUCUCUUUGCAAGACUGUAACGAGGUAGGCGCGGAAGCUCUUCCGGUACAGCAGAAAAACAGGAAAAAAAAGAAAAAGUCCGGUUAUAACGAGACGGAAGAUAACGAUGACCGAAAACCCAAGGGAGUGCCCAAUAUUCUGUCAUGCAUGAAGUGCGUUGGACCUUCCAGGUACCAAGUCUUACAACACAACAACUCAAUUAAUCUCAAAGGGUACGAAGUGAUGAAACGAAAGAGGAAAAUGAUCGUGUUCGAUUACCGGAGGAUAAUUUACUGCGGUGCUGAUAUUGAUGGUGCUUCACCAAACCUGCUAACAUGGUUGUACCAUACCGUUACUGGAAGUUACAGCUCAGUUCAAUGUUACGCUGUUGUAUGCGACGACCCGCAACACGCACGGAAUCUGGCGCGAGCAAUUGGCCAGCAGAUGGCGGCAUUGCGCUAAGAACAUUUUAUGUGGAGCUUCUCUAUAUCGUGUCCCACAUCCUAACCAAACAAAAACUAGCUAGUAUAGUUAUGAAUAACUUGGUCAAUAAGAGGUAUAGAUUGCAUGGAUUGCGAAUUUGAAAAAAGAGCAGUUAAAAUUGAGAUGCAGUUAUUAUAUGAUAAGAAUAUAAUGUCUGCCGAUUCUCUUUAUGAACUGUAAACUUGUUGAAUUUUGUUGUGUACAUUUGUUGAACUAAAGUACUAAACUACAACAAUACGCUAAUACAAUUUAUUAAAACACCA